AUGGCAAUAGCUUCUUUUCCCAUCCUUUGUUAUGAGUACAAACCAGUAGAGCUACAGUCUCGACAGAGACUUCUGAUCAAUUCCACCACUGACCUGGAGGAAAAUGCAGAUGUUUUAAGUGUGUGGACGGGAGGUAUCACUUUGAAAGAGAGUAACUUUCUGGGCAGUGUAACGGGGAGACCAGGGAAGACACAGGAAUUCUACUCACAAAAUAACUAUCUUAUCCUACAACUUAGCAUGGAUCACACAGUUAUCAAUAAUGGAUUUACUGCAGACUUUGAAACAGUUGAUGAGACCAAAAUUUGGAAUAAUGAGAAAAUGCUAAAUGCUAGCAGUAGCUAGCAGACUUUGGAAUCACCAGUGUAUGGCCAGGCUGUUCCCUUUGGACUACAAUUAGAGUGGUUAAUAACAGCAGAAUCAUACACAGUGGUUUCUUUGGAGUUUACAGUAGUAGAUCUACCUACAGAUGGUUCCCUGAAAGUUUACGAUGGAGAGGAUCUGAUGGCUCCCCUUGUUUUCUCAAUAACUGAAACCCCAGAACAUCCAUUCUACAUUUCCCAGAGCAAAACCGUACGAAUUGUGUUAUCAACCAAUAUACAUGAGUAUGGAAAGUAUCGUGGAGUUCAACUUAAAUACAAAGAAGGCUGUAUGUUGGAUUUGACGCAGCAGGGAAAAAUCUACUCACCUGGCUACCAGAUUAACAGCUAUCCCUCCAAUGUCACCUGUACUUGGCAUAUUCACAAAAAGAGUGGAGAAACUAGACCUAUUUCUCUUCGCUUCACAGAUUUCAAAUUGAAGAAUAAUUCUGAUUAUGUAGAGAUCUACAAUGAUACAGCAGGAACUGCAUUGCAUACUGGAAGUGGAUUAACGGGGCUUGAUACUGUCUCAAAUGCAGUAAUAUUUAGUUCUACUGAUGGCCACCUCAAUGUGACUUUUAAAUCCAACCUUGUGCUUGUGGAAAAGGGAUUCAGUGCUGAUUUUUCUAUUGAUUGCCCGAUUUUAACCAUUUCUCAGUGGACAGUGAAUUCAGUAUCUGGGAAGUACACAGCUCUGAAUACAGUGAUAACUCUGUCCUGUCAGACUGGCUACUCAUUUAAACAAGAGGAAUACAACAAGGAAAGCUCCGUGUCUCUAAAAUGUUUACAUGGAGGGAUGUGGAAUGUUUCCAGAAUUCCUGACUGCCAGAUAACAUACUGUGGUACUCCACCAGCAAUUCCAAAUGGAAUAUUGAAAAAUGCAACUGGACCAAAAGUUGGAGACAAUGCAACAUAUGAAUGUGAUGGAGGCUUCACAAUGAAUGUUUCUCCCACCAUAAAAUGUCAGGCAAAUGGAAUGUGGGAGAUACCACCUGUAUGCAAUGCUCAACAAUGCCCAUCUAUAAAUCCUCCAAGCAAUGGAAAAGUAAAUGAAACUGCUGGGAAUGGAACAAAUUAUGCCACUGUUUUGAUGUUCAGCUGUAAUCCUGGAUAUGACCUUUUAGGGUCUGUGUACAUCAACUGUAGAUCAAAUGGCACAUGGUCACAUCCUACUCCAACUUGUCAGGAAAUAAAGUGCCCAAUACCACAGGUGAUGUAUGGUAAGGUUGAAGCAGCUGGUGAUGUGGCAUUUAAAGGGACAGCCAAACUGAAGUGUGAUACUGGAUUUAUAGUGAAUGGUACCAGCAGUGGUGAAAAAGAUGUUACAUGUGGAAGUGACGGGCAAUUUUCAAAUUUAGAUCCAUGCAUCAAUGAAGAUGAAUGCUCUAGUGGUAGUCCAUGUCAAGGCAGCAGUAACACAGAAUGUAUAGAUACCAUUGGUUCUUAUAUAUGUAAAUGUAACAAUGGUUUCAAUAGAACAGGAGAAACAGGAAGUUGUACAGAUAUAAAUGAGUGCAAUGAUGAAAAUGGAGGAUGCAGUCAGAGGUGUAAUAAUUAUGUUGGAUCUUUCAAUUGCUCUUGCAACCCUGGCUAUCAGUUAUACUUGGAACCAAAUUUCAACAAUAUCAGCUUGGCAGAUGGAGAGACUGGAACAAGAGCUGGAGAUAAAAUUAGAAUUAACUACACAUGUGUCCGAGCUCUGUGUCCAACACUCUCACCUCCUAUGAACGGAACAAUUCUGAGCAAAAAGAAGUUGUUCUACUAUGAAGAUGAAAUAACUGUGGAGUGUAACCAUGGCUACUACCCAAAUCCUCAGAGGACUACACUAAAAUGUGGGGUAGAACAAGGCGUUGGGAAGUGGUCAGAAGAUAUGAUAAAUUGUACAAAGGGAACCUGUAUGACACCUGAUUUUAAUACAGAUCCAAAUUACAACAAAAUCUUUCCAAAUGAAAAUGCAAGUGUGGAAUUUGGAACCCAUGUUAUUAUUGAGUGCAAAUAUGGGACAAAAUUUAGGAACUUGUCCUUGUAUUGUGGAGAAAGUGGGACCUCAACAUACCGUCUUCUUGGGGAUAAUUUGACAUGUCCAGUGAUUGAUUGUGGGACACCUGAGCAAGUUCCAGGUGCUGAUGUGUACAGCUACUCUGAUUCACUUUUUGGCAGUUCAUUUAACUUUAGCUGUCAGAAUGGUUCAACCCUCAGUGGAAAAUCAGUAGAUGGAGACUACACUGUCAGAUGUCAGGAAAACAGACAGUGGGGUUUUGGUAAUCUCACUUGCACAGGUGGGCGCUGCACAGACCCUGGUACACCAGGGGGAGCUGUACAGGUAGUGAGGAGUUACGAGGCUGGCGAGCUUCUCAGGUUUAAAUGUAUACGUCAAGGAUAUGAACCAGUUCCUUCUGCACCUCUCCUGUGUGUAGAACAGGGAAGCAGAAAUGCCAGCUGGAACGCUACUGCUUUACCUCUUUGCACAGAUGUUACACCUCCAGAGUUCAACAACUGUCCUAAAACAAUAUACACUGACAGUAUGGAGGCUGUGAGCUUUGUUACCCCCACUGCCACUGACAACUCUGGACUGGUGAAGAAUGUGACUGUGGAUCCUCCCAAUUUCAAAAGUGGUACAGUGGUGUCCAGGGAUUUAAAUGUCACAUACACAGCAGUAGAUAAUGGAGGGAAUACUGCAAGAUGUACAAUCUCAUUUAUCAUCAAAGAUCGAAGAAAGCCAGACCUCAUGUGUCCUAACAUAACAACAAUAUCUAUGAACUCCAAAGAGGGUAUUACAGUUGAUUUAAGCACCCUUAUACCUGGAAAUGCAACAUACAGCCCUAGACAAUUUAUAAAUGUCAAUGUCUCAACACUUGAUAAACCACAGCAGGUUACAGCAACUGAACGGAAUAUGUGGGGGACUGAGAAUACUUGUACUUUUCUGAUAUACACUAAAGCUGGAGUUUGUUUGACUGACAGUUUACCAUCUGCACUUAAUGCUGAAAAGAAUUGUAAUAGCUCUGGUGGAAAUAAAACAUGCACUUACACAUGUAAAUCUGGAUAUGUUUAUUUUGAUGGAGCUACUUCUAAAACAUACACCUGCUCAGGAAUGAAUAUCUGGUCUCCCUCAAUCAAUCCAGAAGGUUGUCUUUCAACAGAGUCACCAUCCUACAAAGCAGAGUUUGAAGUGGUUUAUGAUCUAGGAAAACUUGCUUCAUCAUGUGAGCAAGGCUUUGACAGUUCACUGGCUGAACAUAACACAAGUAUUGCAGGAAUUGUCAGGGAAAAAUGUAGUCAUCUUGAUUCAGUUAAUUUUGUGAUAAACAGCUUUACCUCAACCUCAAGUACAUUUCAGAUCACAACCGUCUUCAGUGGAGAAUUUACUGGAAGUGCAAGUGAUGAAAUAAGAUUUCUCUGUCUACAAACAGUGUAUGCCACUGUGAAUCGUAAACCCUACACGUUCUUGCAUAAUAAUACCACACUUUGUGAUGGUGGAACUCAAUCAAGUGUAUCAGUUUUAAGCAUCAAAGGGAUUGAUGCUGGAAACAAAUGCGCUGACAAUAUGGUACUUAUUAAACUCAAUUCAGGGAGUGGUGAACAGUGUGUAAUGUGUCCACCUGGGAGAUAUUUCAAUGGCAGUAGCUGUGUGAUGUGUGCAGAUGGCCAAUAUCAGGACUUAGUAGGCCAGACAUCUUGUAAAACCUGUCCGUAUAAUACUGUAUCAAUUGAUAAUAAACUUGUAUGUAAAGCUUUAUGUCCACCUGGUUUCACUUCAAGUGAUGGGAUUACAGAGUGUAAGCCAUGUGGUAGAGAUGAAUACUGGGUGAAUGCAACCAACUGUGAAAAUUGUCCAGCUGGUUAUAAGACAGAUGUACAGAAUGGUGUCCCUGAUGUUCGUGGAUGCAAAGCUCCUUGUGUGCCUGGGAAGUAUUCUUUGACAGGAUAUGAACCUUGUGAGGACUGUCCUCUUCAUCAUUAUCAAACUGCUCAAGGACAAACACAUUGUACAGAAUGUCCACAGGAUCAGAGAACUCUGUUGAUUGGCAGUAAUAGCUCUGUUGACUGUGCCACUGUUGAUUCUAGAGAAUGCAACACAACAUUGAAAAACUGUAGCGAUCAGGGAAAAUGUGUUUUCCGGAACCAUGAAGCAUCCUGUCUUUGUGAUGAAGGGUAUAUUGGUUUAUUAUGUGAGACUGCUGUUGAUGUUUGCCAGUCCAACCCCUGUUUUAAUAAUGGAACCUGUGUUCAAGUUGGAAAUGGUUUUAACUGCACAUGUCCAUCAAAUGCAAAUUGCACCAUGCAGAAUAUACCUGGAAAUCUUGUUGUUGAUGAUGAUAAAAGCGAAUAUCAUGGAGAAAUGUCUCUGGAUUCAUGUAAAGAAAAAUGUCUUGAAGAUGUACAAUGCAAAGCCAUGUAUCAUACCAAAAAUAACUGCUUCAUUGUUAAACAAGAUGCUCCUACCCUACCUUAUGGCAGUACCUCUCAGUACUUCUUCAAGUCCUGUCUUUAUGAAUAUUUGUAUGGUGGUAACCAGUGUGAGACAGACUUAGAAGAUGAGUGUACACCAGACACGUGUAGUUCACAUGGAAUGUGUCAAGACAGAGCUGGAAAGGACCCUGUCUGUUUGUGCCCUAUUGUUGGGGAGUACUCCCAGCCUAAAUGUGAUUUGGUGCAGAAUCUGUGUAGUCCUGAUCCAUGUAAAAAUGGGGCUGAAUGUCGAUCAUGGGGCGCUGUCAGGAGACAAUGUAUCUGUAAACCAGGCUUUACAGGAGUGAAUUGCUCUGUUAAUAUAAACGAUUGUGCAGUCAAUACAGAUGGGUGUUUGUAUAACAGUACAUGUAGAGAUGGAGUUGAUAGCUACACGUGUGAUUGUACGUCAGGCUUCAGUGACAGACAUUGCCAGGUCACCAAAGAUUUUUGUAGUGGAUCACCUUGUCCUAAUGGUGGCUGUGUGAAUGACUACACAAAACUGUCACCCAAAUGUUUCUGUGAUUACUCAUACCAGUUAGGAAAUGGUCAAUGUGAAAAGAUGGAUCUAUGUAACAACACUGUAUGUAUCAAUGGAACCUGUAACCCACUGAUUGGAAAGUGUUCUUGUGAUCUUGGCUUUGAAGGUUCUAGUUGUCAGCACAGUGUGGAUGAAUGUAAGGAAAUGCCGUGCAAAAAUGGAUCAACCUGUAUUGAUGCACACCAAGACUACAGUUGUGUAUGUGCAUCAGGAUUUGAAGGGAAAAACUGUGAUGUGAACAAGAAUGACUGUCCAGGAUCCUGUAACAAUGCAACUACACGGGACAAAGUAGAUAAAAUCAAUGAAUGUGAAUGUCUGUGUAAGCCAGGAUACACAGGCAAAAACUGUACAGAAGAGGUAGAUGAGUGUGCCAGGUUUCCAUGCAAACAUGGAGCCAACUGUACUGAUAUGCUCAAUGACUAUCGUUGUAACUGUACUGAGGGCUGGGAGGGAAAGAACUGUGACCAACAGAUUAACUACUGCCACACCACCUCUACAAAGUGUCAGAGCGGUGAUUGUUACAACUUGAUAGAUGAUAAGUACUGCAGAUGCAAUGCUGGUACAAGGGGUGAUACAUGUGAGGAAAUCCCAGAUGUGUGUAAUGUUAUUUCUCCAUGUACAGCAAUGGGCACAUGUCAAAAUGCGAAUGGAACAGCAACAUGUUCAUGUCAGAAUAAUUAUACUGGAGAUUCAUGUCAGUUGUUGGAAGACUUUUGCACAGGAACAACAAAUUGUUUGUACCAGGACAUGCCUAAUACAGGAGGAACAUGUACAAAUCUGCCAGCUGGAGGCUUUAAUUGUGCUUGUCAAACUGGUUACUCUGGAGGGACAUGUCAAACUAAGGUUACCCACUGUUCCACCUUGAACUGUGGAUCUAUUGCAAUGUGCAAUGAAGAGAUUGGUUGUUAUUGUCCAGAGGGAAAAAUUCUCACAGAUAAUAAAGUUUGUAAAACUCCCUCAGAUGAUUUUGAUAUUCUGUUUGAUACUUCAAUUGGAGAGGAGGGAGCUUCCACCACAGCUGUUAUACCUGGUGACUCAGAAAAAACAGAUUUGUCCUUCAUGAUGUGGGUAAAAUUCAACAAAGGACAAAAAGAAACGGAAGAUGCUGUAUUGUUAAGAAUCGGGGAUGUCCUAGAAAUCAAGAAUAAUACCAUCACCUUCAUGAAUAGAACAACCUCUCGUACUGUAUAUAUUGGGUUUGAAGAACUUCCAUUUAGAUUGGAUAAUGGCAAUUGGAAUUUCAUUGCUGUAUCAUGGAAGCGAAAUGGAGACACUUUAGUCCUUGUAGAGGGGGUACUUAUUUUUGAGGACAGCUCGGUUACCUUUGAACUGCCUGAAGUGUUUAAAGUGGAAGUUGGAAAGAAAUUUGGAGGAAGGCUGUCACAAAUAAAGAUAUGGAACAGCAGUUUAACAGAUGAUGACAUGUUCAAGCUUCCUAGUAACAGGAAUUAUAAACCUGCAGGUGCUACCCUCAUUCAGGGCUGGUAUAACUAUAAGAUGAGCAAGGGAGCUGUGAAGAAGGUCACAUCACAGAUUGAUAAUGAUACGGUUUGCGAUGUUCCUGCUUGUUCACAGUUAGAUAAAAUAAAACCGAAAAUAAAAGCCUGCACUGGAGACGAUGUUAAAAACUCUACCAAUAGAGUCUUUAACUAUCAACUGCCAGCUAUUUCCUCAAUGUUUGAUAAUUUCAGUGAAAGCCUGUCUUUGAUGUCACAUAAUAAAACAGACUCUUUCACUUGGGGUGACUACAGCCUACUGUUUAUGGCCGCUGAUGAAAAUGAAAAUACAGCCAUGUGCCUUAGCAAGCUUUAUGUUAAAUAUAAUGCUGAAUGUCCUGAACCAAGAACACGCCCAUCCUCACUAAAUAUUCUUUACUGUUCAGGCAGCAGAGAUAUUUGUAAUCUGGGGUGUUCUGAUAACCAAGAACUAUCUAUCCCUGCUCCAAAAUUUAAAAUGUGUUCUAAGCUGGGUGUGUAUACUCCUCUCAAACCACACAAGAAGUACGUGUUGCCAUCUUGUGGAAACAAAACUGAGACACAAAUUCAGAUAGAAGUUUCCUUAAGAUUUUCCUUAGCGGCACCAUGUGGGGAUAUUUUAGAAAGAUCAAUGAAAACAAAUCUAAUGAGUCAUUUUCAAGACAAAGUCUAUCAGGACUGGAAUAAUGUUUGCACAACAUCUGACUGCCUAAAUGUGGAUAUUGUCCCAAAGUGUGCUGGUAACACAGAGAUGAUAACUACUAUGAAAAUAAGUAAUUUAAGGAAUGGUAUUACUAAAAAGCAAGGAAGUUCUGAUGCAUACACAGCAAAAGAGGUCUUCAGAGUAUUAAUUUUUGAGGAGACUGUAUUUGAAGUAGAUAAAAUUGGUGGUGCAAAGCUGCUGAAUGACCAAGUAGUCAUUACAGAUAUUGUAUCAUGUCCAGAUGGUAACAUGAUUAUACGGGAUAAUUGUGUUGUAUGCAGUCAGGGAACCUAUUAUAACAGCACAAGUCAGAAUUGUGAGUACUGUCCUGUGGGAACUUAUGGAGAUGAAGAAGGAAUGACGUCAUGUAAAGUCUGUGUACCUGGGAAAACAACACUGGGUGUUGGGAAUUAUGAAAUUGCCGGUUGUGUAGGUAAUUGCCUUGUUGGACAGUUUCUGAAUUUUACAAAAUGUGCUCCCUGCCAGAAACACUUUUACCAAGACAUGGCUGGCAUGGACUACUGCUUGCCUUGUCCUCUGGGCAAAAAGACAAGUGGAGUAGGAUCCAACAGCUCCUCACAGUGUUUUGAUGAUUGUGCAGAAGGAACAGAACUGAAACCAGAUGGGCAAUGUGUGGAAUGUCCUCGUGGGUACUACCGCAGUUUUUUAGAGGAUGUCUGUACCCCUUGUACAGCUGGAAUAACAACUGCUGGGAAUGGCACUACAAAUGCCUUUAAAUGUACAAUAACAAUCUGCAACAAUGGCACUUACCGAAAUACUUCUAACGUCUGUGUUCCUUGCCCUGUUGGAGAAUAUCAGCCAAUGGAUCUUCAAGAGAAAUGUAUAAAAUGUCCAGUAAACUUUACAACAGAAUCUGAUGGAACAAGUUCCAAAUCUGAUUGUAAAUUUUACUGUCCAGCAGGAUAUGAAGUCCUACAUUCAGCAAAUGAAACCUGUCGGCCAUGUCCACGAGGCCAAUAUAAGAACAAUACAGAUGUGUUCAGUAGGUGUUCUGCUUGUCCUUCUGGUAACACAACAGAAAGCAUGAAAACUACCAGCAUCAAUGACUGUUCCAUAAAUAUAUGUAGCAGUGGCCAAGAGAUAGGAAGUAGUGGUGGUUGUGUUGAUUGUGAAUUAGAUUACUAUCAGUCAGUGGAUGUACCAACAUCUGAAAACAAGUGUAAAGCAUGUCCAGCUGCUACCGGAACAAAGCAGAAAAUGUCCAAUAGCUCCUCUAAUUGCCUCAAUGUCUGCUCCCAAGGACAGUUUUUUAAUUCAACAUCAAAUGCCUGUGAACAGUGUCCCAAAGGAACAUGGAACAAUGGAAAUUUCACCAUGAAGUUUGAGGGAUGCACUAAUUGCCCAGUAAAUUAUACCACCACUGGUCCUGGAAUGAUAUCUGAAGACAACUGCACUCUUUUGGAUUGCAGUCCAGGAUCAUACAUUAGUGGUAAUUAUUGUCUCCCUUGUGACUUUGCAACCUACCAGCCAGACCGCCACCAAAUUUCUUGUGAAGAAUGUGGACAAGACCUUAAUACUAGCUCAACAGGAGCAACUAGUGAAAAGGAUUGCCAAAUUUUCUGUCCUGCUGGGGAAGAGGGACAAGAAGCAUGUAAGCCAUGCGAGAAUGGGUAUGUCAAAGAAUUACCAGGAAUCACCCCAUGUAGAAAAUGUACUGGCAAUUAUACAUCCAAUGACCAACGCACUGACUGUGACAAAUUGUUCUGUGACAUGGGGUUCUCCUUUGAUCAAAACAGCUGUAUUCCAUGCAGUGUUGGAUAUUACAAGGCAGACAGAGGAAACACGAACUGCACCAAAUGUCCUGAUGGAUUUCUUACAACCAUUGAGGCUUCAGUUAGUGCAGAUGACUGCAGUGAUCCAUACUGCAUCCCUGGGAAAUACAUAAAUUCUACAGGACAAUGUGAUGAUUGUAUGAUAGGCUACUAUAAGACCACUACAGGAAAUAACAACUGUACAGCCUGUAGUCGAAAUUACACCACUCCCUCUAGAGGAUCAACAUUAGCAUCAAACUGUUCCAUAAUUGUAUGUGAAGCAGGAGAAAAAAGAAUCAGCAGUAAUAACACCUGUAUAAAGUGUCCUGUUGGAUCCUACCAGCCUGACAGAGGACAGAGUGACUGCUUACAGUGUUCAGCAAUGCAGACCACAGAACAAGAGGGGACUGUAAAUCAGAAAGACUGUGUCC